CAUUUCAUUUUCACAGGAUGUGGAACCAGUUCACUGAGCGCUGAUCUGUAUGCAGAAGGUGUGAGCCCCAUUAUCAGCAUUGAUUACUCUCCAAUUUGUAUAAAGGAAAUGACAGAAAGAAAUGCUGGCACUCCUGAAAUGAGCUGGAAGGUGAUGGAUGCUCGACAGCUUCAGUUUUCUGAUGAAAGCUUUGACCUGGUUAUUGAGAAAGGAACUUUAGAUUCAAUGAUGGUGGAUGAGAAAGACCCGUGGAAUGUUACCCCAGCAACUGUUAACUUGGUAGAUGAAGUGCUGAGUGAGGUUAGUCGGGUUCUUGCCCCCAGUGGAUGCUUCAUCUCAGUCACAUUCUCUCCCCCUCAUUUUCGCACCCGACACUAUGCACAGCUUAAGUAUGGCUGGUCUGUGUCAUGUGACACCUAUGGAAGGGACUUCCAUUAUUUUCUGUACACUAUGCUGAAAGGAGGAAAGUUGACAUCCUAUGAUAUUGAAAGAGGACAAAGUCUUUAUAAGCCACGUGUUAUCCCGGAUACAGUGCCAGCAAUAUCUGCAUGUGAAGAUGAAGACUUCUUAACAAACAUCCAGAUAUGA